AUGGAUACCGCGUUGCGAGUUUUGCAGAAGAUCGAAGGCGAGAUGCCAACGUUCUACUUGAAUAUAGAGCUGGUAGCUAACAUCCCACUUAGCGAGCGCACCCGAGAACGCGCUCAAUCGAUCAACAUCCAGCUCUGCCCAUCAAUCAAAGACCUCGUCUCGCUCUGUUCCGUUAUCCUCUCCAUCGUCCCACCAAAGGACUCUUUCGCAACCGCGCAGCGCAUCCACGAGACCAUGUCCGGCUCGCCCUCGAGGAACCAAAACCAACCGCUCUACUAUCUCGACCUCAAUGCCACGGCACCCUCGCUGACAAGAGAAACCAACGACCUCCUCAGCCCCAAUCCAAACAUCGUUUACAUAGACGGCGGGAUCAUCGGCGGGCCACCGCGGCGAACCUCGACAGCAGAAGAAGAUAAAUGGACCCUCCCUUCGAUAGUUACAUCUGGUCCUUCUCUCCCCUCGAACCCGGCAUACACGCAUCUGCUGGAGACCUUGAACAUCGAGCACAUCUCCCCAUCCAUUGGCGCCGCCUCAGGAUUAAAGAUGUGCUUCGCGAGUAUGACGAAGGGCGUCUACGCGCUGGCGAUCCAAUCGUUCGUGACGGCGGAGUCGAUGGGCGUGUUCCCUGAGCUGAAGCGGUACAUGGGGGAGCAUAACCCUGGCACAUUUGAGAUCGUCAACAAGGGCGUCGUCGGGAUGCCGCCGAAGGCGUGGAGGUGGGUUAACGAGAUGCAGCAGAUCGGCGCGAUGAUGGAAGAAGAGGGUGGGUUUGAGAGGGGGCUGUAUGAGGAGAUCGGCGAGGUCUAUAGGGUCGUUGCGGAGGAUACGGCGCUUGGCUUGGAGCAGACUGGACGGAGGGAACGGGGGACGACGGUGGAGGAUGUCGUUGCUGUGAUGAGGGAGGGGAUGAAGAGGAAGAAAGAGAAGCUGGAGUGA